GCACCCCGGCCCGGUCCCCGGGCCGGGGCGGCAGGCUCUCCGUCUCCCGGGCACGGGCCUCUCUGGGUCUGCAGCUCCCUAAGGCCGGCAAGGAGCUCGGUGGCCUGGGAACAAGGCUCCCGCAGCCCUCAGGUACCAAGCUGAAGCUGAUGCCGGCUGCCAAGUCCAGGCUUCAGCAUCCCCAUGGGGCCUUGCAGCUGACACAACCUUCUGCCAUUCCCAAACCCACCCCCCGGGACGCAGAGAUGGAAACUGCUGUCAAGGUUGGGGGUCGCAGACAGCCCUCCCGGAGGCUCUCCACAGCAAUUCCUAUUGUGGCUUCUCGCUCCCGACUGCAGCCGCUGGGAAAAGUGGCUUCCCCCAAGCGCUUUUGCCUCGGUAAGGGAUCGACUACGCAGGAGCUGAUAUGCAAUAGGACCCGAGAGCUGAAGGAAGAUGGUGAGAGCAAAGAAUGGCUGGUUGCAGCAGGGACUGUCUUGGGAGUAGGUAAGGCUGACCAGACAUGGGUGUGUGUGGAGUCCUCUUUUUCCAGUGAGUUGGCCCCUGGCCCGACUCCAGGGUGUGGGAAUGCAGUCCCUGCUGAGCAGUCUGCAGGUGAUCAGUUGUCCCAGGAGCUGAAGCAUGUAAAGAACGAACUGGAGCGAGUGAAGGGCGAACUUGCUGACAAGACUGCCCAGUGUGAAGCCUAUUGCCAGAUGAUCUCCUCCUUGCAGGCUCAGCUCAGAGCAGCAGGAAUCUGUCUGGAAGAUGCAGCAGUGGAGAGUGGUGACUCGGGGAGACACUGAUGGUUGGCACAUGGGGACAGACUCAAAACAGCCACUUGUCUGGCCACCUAAGGUGCUGGGCCAGUGCUAUUUGUGCAGCUCUUGAAUUAAUGA